AUGGUGGACGCAGCGGCAGCAGAGCUCUUCCUGGACGAUAACCCUGAGUUUGCUAAGAGUUACUACGACCUGAACUUCAGACCGCAGCUGAUCUCAGACCUGCUGGACGGCAGCCGGCGGAUGCAGGUGGACGUCAGCCGGUUCCAUGACCUCACCACGGUGGAAGAGAGCGAGGUUCUGUUCGAUCUGAUGCGAGACAUCCAGGACAAUCUGCAGAUGGAGAGGUCCAUGUUCAACCUGAUGAAACACCUGAGCUUCAUGCUGAGGGCCGACCGCAUGAGCCUCUUCAUGUACAGGCAGAGGAACGGAGUCGCAGAGCUGGCUACCAGGUUGUUUAGCGUGACCAAGGACUCAUUGUUUGAGGAGUGUCUGAUUCCUCCGGACAGUGAGAUCGUUUAUCCUCUGGAUCUGGGGGUCGUCGGACACGUGGCGUCGACCAAGAAGAUGGUGAACAUCGCCGACGUAUCCGAGAGCCCUCAUUACAGCGACUUUGUGGACGAACUGACCGAAUAUAAGACGAAGAGCGUCCUCGCCACUCCGAUAAUGAACGGGAAAGACAUGGUGGCCGUCAUGAUGGCCGUCAACAAGCUGGAAGAACCGUGCUUCACCGCCAAGGAUGAAGAGACCCUCAACAAGUACCUGUACUUCGCCAACCUGCUGCUGAGAGUCUACCACCUGAGCUACCUGCACAACUGUGAGACCCGCAAAGGACAGGUGCUGCUGUGGUCGGCCAGCAAGGUGUUUGAGGAGCUGACGGACAUCGAGAGGAUGUUCCACAAAGCGCUGUACACGGUCAGAGCGUUCCUGAACUGUGACCGCUACUCUGUGGGUCUGCUGGACAUGACCAAGACCAAGGAGUUCUUUGACCUGUGGCCGGUUCUCAUGGGAGAAGUUCCCCCGUAUGAUGGACCUAAGACUCCUGAUGGCAGGGAAAUUAUCUUCUACAAACUGAUCGACUACAUCCUCCACGGCAAAGAGGACAUCAAAGUCAUCGCGACUCCUGCAGCCGAUCACUGGGCGCUGGUGAGCGGGUUACCAACAUACGUAGCAGAAACUGGACUGAUUUGUAACAUCAUGAACGCAGGUCAGGACGAUUUCUUCAAAUUCCAGAAAGAGCCUCUGGACGAGUCGGGCUGGACCAUUAAGAACGUCUUGUCUCUGCCCAUCGUCAACAAGAAAGAGGAGAUAGUGGGCGUGGCAACGUUCUAUAACCGGAAAGAUGGGAAACCCUUUGAUGAGCAGGAUGAAACACUGAUGGAGUCUCUGACUCAGUUCCUGGGCUGGUCGGUGCUGAACACCGAUACGUACGACAAACUGAACAAGCUGGAGAACAGGAAGGACAUCUUCCAGGACAUGGUGCUGUACCACGUCAAGUGCCGCAAGGACGAGAUCCAACACGUCCUGAACACCAGAGAGAGAUGGGCGAAGGAACCGGACCAGUGUCAGGAGGAGGAGCUGCAGGAGAUCCUGUCGGAGGUCCUGCCUGACUCUAAGAAGGUGGAGCUGUUUGAGUUCCACUUCUACGAUUAUCACCACACUGAACUGGAGCUGGUGAAGUGUGGAAUCAAGAUGUACUACGAACUCAAAGUGGUGGACAAGUUCCACAUUCCCAGAGAGGCGCUGGUGAGGUUCAUCUACUCUCUGAGUAAAGGCUACAGGAAGAUCACCUACCAUAACUGGAGACACGGAUUCAACGUGGGACAGACCAUGUUCACCCUGCUGAUGACGGGCGAUCUGAAGCGGUACUUCACAGAUCUGGAGUGUAUGGCCAUGGUGACGGCCGGCCUCUGCCACGACAUCGACCACCGAGGAACCAACAACCUCUACCAGAUGAAGUCUGGUAAUCCCCUGGCGAAGCUUCACGGCUCCUCCAUCUUGGAAAGACACCACCUGGAGUUUGGAAAGACUCUGCUGAGAGAUGAAUCGCUGAACAUUUAUCAGAAUCUGAGCCGCCGGCAGCACGACACGGUGAUCCACCUGAUGGACAUCGCCAUCAUCGCCACCGACCUGGCGCUCUACUUCAAGAAGAGGACGAUGUUCCAGAAGAUCGUGGACCAGUCUAAGACCUACGAGAACUGGAACGAUUGGACCAAGUAUAUGAUGCUGGAGACCACACGCAAAGAGAUCGUGAUGGCCAUGAUGAUGACGGCCUGCGACCUGUCUGCCAUCGCCAAACCGUGGGAGAUCCAGAGCAAGGUGGCGCUGUCGGUGGCUGCAGAGUUCUGGGAGCAGGGAGACCUGGAGAGGAGCGUCCUGGAGCAGACCCCCAUUCCCAUGAUGGACAGAAGCAAGUCAGACGAACUGCCGAAGAUGCAGUGUGGCUUCAUCGACUUCGUUUGUGCUUUUGUGUACAAGGAGUUCAGUCGUUUCCACGUGGAGAUCACCCCGAUGCUGGAGCGCCUGCUGAACAACAGGAAGGAGUGGAACGCCCUGAAGGAGGUGUACGAGGGCAAGCUGGCGGCCAUCGAAGGGGUAAAGACAGCCAAGGAGGAGGCGGUGGCCAGAAAGCAAGCAGCGGCUGCAGCCCAGUCGCAGUCAAAGACUUGUAUUGUCGGCUAGAGAAGCUACGACAGCAACAGGUUGCUUUGCUUCAUG